UUAUUUCUCUUCACCACGCGCUAGUGCCGUAAGUGCGGCAGCGCACACAGCACAGAACAGAUAUAUAUGGACAGGAAAUAGAAAACAGAAGCACAUCGAAACGGCAAAGCAGAAAAGAUUAAUACCCCAGAGGAUCUAGGGUUCCCUUGGAUCUCUCUGUGAAUUCUCUGUCUUUGUAUAAAUUGAUUGCUUCUAUUCUAUUUUUUUCUGUGAUUCUCUACUUUGAUCUUGUGUAAAUGUCGUACAUUUAAGGGGUUUGCAGAAUUGGUGAGUUGAUUCUAUAAAGGUAUUUAACAGAGUUCAAAUCUAGGAUUUUAGGGUUUUCGAAUUUGGUAAUAGAGUCGUAUGCUCAAAUCAACAUUGAAACGUUAAAUUAGAAAUUGGGAAUCGAAGGAAAGGAAAAGGAGAGUUUUGGAGAGUGCAUUUCUUGAUCUGUAAAUAUGCGAGGACUGCAGAAAUCAAAAAGAGUUUCUUGGGCAACGGAUGUUAAUCUUUGUCAGGUAAGGCUAUUCCUAUCCGAGGAAUCUCCUUCACAAGUUGGGUUGGGUGCCCAAGAUCACCUCCAAGCAAAAGCAUCCUGGCUGCCCCAUACAGCUGGCACAAAUGCUGAAGAUACUCUUCCUCCUGGCUUUGAAGGUCUUUCUGCCACCCAGUCGCACACUAAGUCGUCUGACAUCCCUGUAAUCAAAUGGAGAUGUCCUCCCAGAUUUAUCUUGGACUUGGCCUGGCAAGUGGUUGCGGGAGAGGAAAGCAAAGAGGUGGAGGUUCAAAAUCAGAGAGAGAUGAGAGUGCUUGAAGCUGUUUAUCCUCGCACAUCUGCCAUUCCUCAAAACCCCACUUUCUCCGCAGACUUAGGAGAUUAUCGGCACAGUGAUCAAGUGCCUCUGAUUCCAAUUACUCCCAUUGAAGAUGAAGAUGCAACUGAUGCACCUUCUGAUUUAAUGGGAUCAUUUAAUGUUCCUAUGAGCUCACAGUCCCAACUAUUAGUCUCUGGAAUUCCACCUCCUCAGUGCAGCAUUCCUUCCAUCUCCAGUACUAUCAAUGAAAAACCUGCUUCUGGAGCUAUCCCUGGUGUUGAACCUGAUGUAAUAGCUGCUGCAUCGGCUGCCUUUGCUGCCAUUAAUAAGAGCAAUGAGCAGGGAGGUUUGGUAGACAAUGAUCUGCUCAUUAAAAUUCUCAACAACCCAAAAUUGAUUGAGAAGUUGAUUCAAGAUUAUGCAGCUGAAUCCAAUGGGCAGAACAUCCCUAAGCCAAAUGCACCUUUUGUCCCUUCAUCAGAUGUUCCACCGCCUCUUCCAACUCUAUCAGAACCAUCUUAUUUGCACAUGAAUAGAACCGAUACCUGCACAACUUCGUCGUUUGUUGCUAAUUCAAGUGGACCCGUUUAUGCUCAAUCAAAUGGUGUUGGGCCAGGGUAUAUCUCAAAUGCACAGGUUCCUCCAGCUGCGGCUCCAGCUUCAUCUGGACCUCCUGUUGGAGUUCCACAAGUGAAGGAUGUGAACUAUUACAAGAACUUGAUCCAGCAACAUGGAGGUGAAAGACAUGAAUCCCCUCAUCAAUAUGGUGGCCGUUACAGUCACCAAGUAGGAACAAACCAAGAAUUACUUCAUCUCAAAUCAAGAGAUUCGAAGCCCAAGAUUAUGAAACCUUGUAUUUACUUUAACAGUUCAAGAGGAUGUCGGCAUGGCGCCAAUUGUGCAUACCAGCAUGAUGCAUCUUCCCAGCAACGAAGCAGUAGCAUGUCGGAGGUGCAAACUGCAAAGAGAAUGAAAAUGGAUAGGGAAAUUAGCAGUUAGUUUUCUGUUGCUUGUAGCUUUUGAUAUGAAAAAAAAAAAGGUUCACAUUUUAUUUUACUGCUGGCUUGAUUUUGCUACAAAAUAUUUCACCUUCAUUCGUCCUCUCUUCCAUGGGACGCCAAGAUAAAAAUUUACAGGCAGAAGCCCUGAUUUUCCUAAUCAAUUCCAUUAUAGCAUAGCAUUCUCUUUA